AUGGCCGGCCCGGGGGCCGCCUCGCCCGCGCUGGUCCUGGCGCUCCUGGCCGUGGCCACGGCUGGGGUCGGAGCCCAGCGCGCGACCGUCGAGGACCCCGACUAUUACGUGCAGGAACUUUGGAGCCGGGAGCCCCACGACCAGCGCCCGGAGCCCGAGCUGGAGCCCUUUUCGCCGCUGCUGCCCGAGGGGCCCGGGGAGGAGGAGCGGGAGCCGCGCCCGCCCCAACCCAGGCCGCCCACCAGGGCCACCAAGCCCAAGAAAGCGCCCAAAAGGGAAAAGUUAUACGCAGAGUCGCCUCCGCCUCCACCAGGGAAAAAUAGCAACAGAAAAGGCAGAAGAAGCAAGAGUCUGGACAAGACUGCCAGUGACGACCACAGUGUCCCCGCGCCAGGAGAAGUUGUCAGAGAAAGUUGCCCGCCUCUUGGUCUGGAGACCCUAAAGAUCACAGACUUCCAGCUCCACGCCUCCACGGCGAAGCGCUACGGCCUGGGAGCGCAUCGAGGGAGACUCAACAUCCAGGCAGGCAUUAAUGAAAAUGAUUUUUACGACGGUGCAUGGUGCGCAGGUAGGAAUGACCUUCAUCAGUGGAUUGAAGUGGACGCCAGGCGCCUGACCAGGUUCACGGGGGUCAUCACGCAGGGACGGAACUCACUCUGGCUGAGUGACUGGGUGACGUCCUAUAAGGUCAUGGUGAGCAAUGACAGCCACACGUGGGUCACUGUCAAGAACGGAUCUGGAGACAUGAUAUUUGAAGGAAACAGUGAAAAGGAGAUCCCUGUGCUCAACGAGCUGCCUGUCCCCAUGGUGGCCCGCUACAUCCGCAUCAACCCGCAGUCCUGGUUUGACAACGGCAGCAUCUGUCUGAGGAUGGAGAUCCUGGGCUGCCCACUGCCAGAUCCUAAUAACUAUUACCACCGACGGAAUGAAAUGACCACCACGGACGACCUGGAUUUUAAGCACCACAACUAUAAGGAAAUGCGCCAGUUGAUGAAGGUCGUGAACGAAAUGUGCCCCAAUAUCACCAGGAUCUACAACAUUGGCAAAAGCCACCAGGGCCUGAAGCUAUACGCCGUGGAGAUCUCCGACCACCCCGGCGAGCACGAAGUCGGUGAGCCCGAGUUCCACUACAUCGCGGGCGCCCACGGCAACGAGGUGCUGGGCCGCGAGCUGCUGCUGCUGCUGCUGCAGUUCCUGUGCCAGGAGUACCUGGCCCAGAAUGCGCGCAUCGUCCGCCUGGUGGAGGAGACCCGGAUCCACAUUGUCCCCUCCCUCAACCCCGACGGCUACGAGAAGGCCUACGAAGGGGGCUCGGAGCUGGGAGGCUGGUCCCUGGGACGCUGGACCCACGACGGGAUUGACAUCAACAACAACUUUCCUGACUUGAACACGCUGCUCUGGGAGGCAGAGGAUCGGCAGAACGUCCCCAGGAAAGUUCCCAAUCACCACAUUGCCAUCCCUGAGUGGUUUCUGUCUGAAAAUGCCACAGUGGCCGCGGAGACCAGAGCGGUCAUUGCCUGGAUGGAAAAGAUCCCCUUCGUGCUGGGUGGCAACCUGCAGGGGGGCGAGCUGGUGGUGGCCUACCCCUACGACAUGGUGCGCUCCGCGUGGAAGACCCAGGAGCACACGCCCACGCCCGACGACCACGUGUUCCGCUGGCUGGCCUACUCCUACGCCUCCACCCACCGCCUCAUGACGGACGCCAGGAGGAGAGUGUGCCACACAGAGGACUUCCAGAAGGAGGAGGGCACCGUCAACGGGGCUUCCUGGCACACCGUCGCCGGAAGUCUGAACGACUUCAGUUACCUGCACACGAACUGCUUCGAGCUGUCCAUCUACGUGGGCUGCGAUAAGUACCCGCACGAGAGCGAGCUGCCCGAGGAGUGGGAGAACAACCGGGAAUCGCUGAUCGUGUUCAUGGAGCAGGUUCAUCGUGGCAUCAAAGGUCUGGUGAGAGAUUUGCAUGGAAAGGGGAUUCCAAAUGCCAUCAUUUCCGUAGAAGGCGUUAACCAUGACGUCCGAACAGCCAGUGAUGGGGAUUACUGGCGCCUCCUGAACCCUGGCGAAUAUGUGGUCACGGCCAAGGCCGAGGGCUUCACCACCUCCACCAAGAACUGUAUGGUCGGCUACGACAUGGGGGCCACGCGGUGCGACUUCACGCUCAGCAAGACCAACCUGGCCAGGAUCAGGGAGAUCAUGGAGAAGUUUGGGAAGCAGCCUGUCAGCCUGCCUGCCCGGCGGCCAAGGCUGCGGGGGAGAAAGAGACGGCAGCACGGGUGGCAGCACGGGUGACCCUCCUGGACGGCUGAGACUCGUCCCAGACUCUUGCGAAGGAAACCCACCCUAGUAGUA